AUGUGCGAGAGCCGGCUACAGUGCUCGCCACGGAGGAGAGCGCGGAGGGAAGCUCCGCCCACUGCACCAUGGCUGAGGAACUAUGGUCUAGAGACAGAGAAUUUGCGGACUUUGUCACACAAACUCAAUGCAUCUGCUAAGAAUCUGCAGAACUUCAUCACGGGCCGCCGCCGCGGGGGCCAUUAUGACGGACGGGUGUCGCGACGCCUUCCCAACGACUUCCUGACUUCAGUUGUUGACCUCAUCGGAGCAGCUAAAAAUCUACUAGCCUGGCUGGACAGGUCUCCAUUUGUCAGUGUUUCUGAGUACUCAGUGCUGAAGAACAAUAUUGUUCAGCUCUGUCUAGAGCUAACCACCAUAGUACAGCAGGAUUGCACAGUGUAUGAAACUGAGAAUAAGAUUCUACAUGUGUGCAAGACUCUAUCAGGUAUCUGUGAGCACAUUAUUUCAUUGUCGUCCGAUUCGUUGGUGUCACAGUCUGCCCACCUAGAGGUUGUCCAUCUGACGAACGUUAUGCCUAGCGAGGGCCUGGGCAUGUACAUCAAGUCCACAUAUGACGGUCUUCAUGUGAUCACUGGAACCACAGAGAAUUCUCCUGCAGAUCAGUGUAAGAAGAUCCACGCCGGUGACGAGGUCAUUCAGGUCAAUCACCAAACUGUGGUGGGCUGGCAGUUGAAGAAUUUGGUCGACUGUCUCCGUGAGGAUCCGAGUGGAGUCAUCCUCACACUGAAGAAGAGGCCACAGAACACUCUGGGCUGCACCCCUGCACUGCUGAAGAACGCCCGCUGGAAACCACUCGCCCUGCAGCCACUGUCCACCAGUCCUUGCAGUGGUUCUCCCACCCCACCCAGCACACUUGGGUCAAUGGGCCUCUCCCCUGGAGUGGACACACCUGGGGGACAUGAUGUUUUUAUUCUCUCCCCUGUCUACGGACACAGAGAGGACGAUCUGGAUCGGGGUGGGUUUGGUGUGUUUGGCUCGGAUUCUCCGGGGUAUUAUGUAGAACAGGAAGUACUGGGGGGUCAGUACUUCCCCCUCCUGGAAGAGGAUUCUGGGAGAAAUACCGGACUGCGUCGCAGAGACCGGACCCCAACUCACAGUGACAUCCGACAGGUUUCAAUGGGAACUGAAUGGCUGGCAGAGCCUCAAGAAUCUGGAGUUUACAAAAGAGGAAGCAGAGAUUCUGAUUCCUCGCUCUUGCGGUUCCUCGGUGAUGAUAGGAUUUUGUUGAUCCAGGAAGAGGCAGAGUUUUCCCAGCGUGACACAAGCAGGCGAUCCAGGAAGAAGAGCCGAAAUCCCAGCAGUCCCAGUUUUCCCAUUAGUCCCUCUAUGCUUGCCCCUCCUGUACGUCUGGACACAGGUCCCCCUGAGGGGCUGCCCUUCCCCGUGCCCGACUCUAAUACGAUGCCACACUACCAUAGAGCUGCAGACACACUUCGAGCAGAUUCUGAUAGAUAUGCCAGUUCAGGACUUGACCGACAAGCAGGGGCAUCAAUGAGGAAGUCUGUACAUUAUGCCUCUCUGAGGACCAAGCCCAAGAAAAAAAGCAAAGGUUCCCUCAGUAGUGCCAGCAGGAGGCGUAUUGCCUGCAAAGAUCUGGGUCAUGGCGACUGUGAAGGCUGGCUAUGGAAAAAGAAGGAUGCCACCGGCUACUUCACACAGAAAUGGAAGAAGUACUGGUUCGUUCUCAAAGACUCCAACCUGUACUGGUACACCAAUCAGAACGAUGAGAAAGCAGAGGGCUUCAUCACUUUGCCAGAGUUUCGGAUAGACAGAGCAAUUGAGUGCAGGAGGAAACAUGCCUUCAAAGCAUGUCAUCCCAAAAUUAAGAGUUUCUUUUUUGCUACAGAUCAUUUAGAGGAGAUGAACAGGUGGAUGAACCGUUUAGGCUUGGCUGCGAUUGGCUAUACGCCUGAUGAUCCGGUACCGCGUCCUGAUGAAGAUUACUGGAGUGAGAGUGACCAGGAUGAGGUUGAUGGCUCUAUGACACUCAAACAGGAAGCCACGUACCACCACAACCCCUCUGCAACUUCGUCCAGUCCAUUUCCUGAGCGCCAUUUUUCCAGUGGCUCCACAUUCUCACAUUCCUCCGCCGAGGAGUCCCAUUCUUCCUGCCGAUCCUCCCAUCGAGAACGCCGCUCAUGGCAGGACCUGAUUGAAACCCCCUUGACCAGCACAGGCCUACACUACCUUCAGACCGCAGAAGAGGAGGAGCCAGCCCUGCUGUCACCUGACCAGCACCGACAGGCCACACUCCCCGCCCAGCGCCGCCGUCAUCUGGAACGUGACGGGCCAUUUCCGUUGACGGACAGCGAAGAGUCCCGGCCUCGCCAUCACAAUCACAAGCAGCGUAGUCAGAGCCUCCCUCGCCACCGCGACACACACGGACACUCGCACCGCAGUGCCCGUACACACGCUCACGCGCACACACAUGGCACACUGAGGCCAAGAACUCAUCUCCAUGAGGAAGAGGAGGAGGAAGAGGAGGAGGAAAAGCAGGUUCGUAAAUCUAGCAGCAGGAGGCCUGAGAGCGAAGAGAAAGUGUCCGAUGGCACAGAUGACCUGCAGGAGCUGUACCGAUCGCUGGAGCAGGCCAGUCUCUCGGCUUUUGGCCAGCAGAGGCCUUCCACCAAACAAGAGUUCAGACGCUCCUUCAUCAAACGCAGCAAUGACCCCGCCACAAAUGAACGACUGCACCGUAUACGGGUUCUCCGCUCCACGCUAAAGGCAAAGGAGGGUGACUUGGCGAUAAUCAGUCAGUUGCUGGAUGACCCUUGUUUGACCUCGAGGAAGUUUCGUGAAUGGAAGCAACGUAACCACGAGCUCUUCCUGGAUAUCUGUGAGUUCAGCUCUGCCCCACUGGAACCGCCCAACGAGUCCAACGACCUUUCACCUCUCUCACCAACGCUGAUGAUGCACACUCACUCUUUCAUAGAAACGCACGUGUGAAACACAGUCACGCACCCACACGACUAACAAACAGUCACAUGCUAAAAUACAGACAUAAAAGUAUAUCAAUAACAUUGAGUCGUGCAUUUCAAACCCACACACA